AUGGCUGAUCGAUACAUUCCCGAACAUCGUCGGACUCAGUUCAAGGCGAAGGGCGCCUUCAAGCCUGAAGAGCUCCGCCGCCGACGUGAAGAGCAACAAGUCGAGAUCCGAAAGUCCAAGCGUGAAGAGAACUUGGCCAAGAGAAGAGGCAUCGGAACUGGCGAGCGUCUCGGUGCCUCGCUUGGUGCCGCGCCAGAUAGCGAUGAUGAGACUGCGCCCACCGAGUCCCAGCUCAAUGAGGACCUCCCGCAGAUGGUCGCUGGCGUUUUCUCCAACGAGAUCGACCAACAGAUCAAGGCCACCACGAAAUUCCGAAAGCUACUUUCCAAAGAGCGCAAUCCCCCGAUCGAGGAGGUUAUCAAGACUGGCGUCGUCUCCCGCUUCGUCGAAUUCCUUCGCUCGCCUCACACCCUCGUCCAGUUCGAGGCUGCCUGGGCCUUGACCAAUAUCGCCUCCGGCUCGGCGACCCAGACCCAAGUCGUUAUCGAAGCCGGUGCCGUUCCCAUCUUCGUCGAGCUCCUUUCGAGCCCCGAGCCCGACGUCCGCGAGCAAGCCGUCUGGGCUCUGGGCAACAUUGCUGGUGACAGCCCCCACUGUCGCGACUAUGUCUUGACCUGUGGCGCUCUCAAGCCUCUUCUGGCCCUCCUUGGAGAUAGCCGCAAGCUUAGCAUGCUGCGAAACGCUACAUGGACUUUGAGUAACUUCUGCCGUGGCAAGGCUCCCCAGCCUGACUGGGCUACUAUCUCUCCUGCCCUCCCUGUCCUCGCCAAGCUUGUCUACUCCCUCGAUGAUGAGGUUCUUAUUGACGCCUGCUGGGCGAUCAGCUAUCUUUCUGACGGUUCCAACGAUAAGAUCCAGGCUGUUAUCGAGGCUGGCAUCCCCCGCCGCCUCGUCGAGCUGUUGAUGCACGCGUCCACAUCGGUUCAGACCCCUGCCCUUCGAUCGGUUGGUAACAUCGUUACUGGCGAUGAUGUCCAGACUCAGGUCAUCAUUAACUGCGGAGCCCUUCCCUGUCUUCUUGCCCUUCUGAGCUCCAACAAGGAUGGCAUCCGCAAGGAGGCGUGCUGGACUAUCUCGAACAUUACCGCCGGUAACUCGAGCCAGAUUCAGGCCGUCAUCGAGGCUAACAUUGUGCCGCCCCUCAUCCACCUCCUUCAGAAUGGUGACCUAAAGACCCGCAAGGAAGCCUGCUGGGCCAUUAGCAACGCGACCUCUGGUGGCCUUCAGAAGCCUGAGCAGAUCCGCUACCUCGUGUCUCAGGGAUGCAUCCGCCCUCUUUGCGACCUUCUCGCCUGCCCCGAUAAUAAGAUCAUCCAAGUCGCUCUCGAUGGUCUCGAGAACAUCCUCAAGGUUGGAGAUCUCGACAAGCAAGCCUCGGGUGGACCAGAAGCCAUCAACCGCUACGCUCUCUUCAUCGAAGAGUGCGGAGGAAUGGAGAAGAUCCACGAGUGCCAGAACAACGCCAACGAGGAAAUUUACAUGAAGGCGUACAACAUUAUCGAGAAGUACUUCUCCGACGAGGACGAGGGUGCCGACGAGAUGGGUCAGGCCGGCCAGAAUGGUGGAACCUUUGGCUUCGGCACAAACGGAGGUGCUGCCGGCGGACAGACUGGUGCUUUCAACUUCGCCAACGGCGCCGACUCUAUGGAUAUGUAA